GAGGCGGCUCUCUGCAUCGAUUGUGCUCCUUUAAGAAGAACUAAGCCAGAAUUCUCACCCCACCUCCUUUCCUAGAUCAUUUAGACGCUUUGUAUAAAAAAAAUCAACUCGGGAGCCGAGAGCGAUCAAAAGAGACGCACAAGAGCGUGAUUUUUGUGCGCGCGUUUUUGCGAGCGAUCUUGAGGCGGGCGAGCUGUGCUGACCGGGAGAAGCGCGCCGGAGGAUCAUCAUUCAUCCUGCACUUUGACAAGCUAACCCCUGAUUGACAGGCUGAGUGGCAAAAAGCCAUGGGACUUGCUAGUUGAGUUCGAGAGGUGUUUUUUUUCCUACGGGUCUGGAAAAAGAAGAUUAUUUGGGUUCUCCUCACUGUCCGGCGGGUGAACCGCGAGGAACCAUUUGAUUUAGUUUGGCUGAAGUUGAUGUAAAGAACUGACUCCGCCAGCCGCUCCAAAGAGGCGUUUGGAAUUUUUGUUUUGGGAAGGAACAGUCUCUGUUUUGGAAUUUCUGUGCUUAUUCCUUCUUCAUCCUGGCCUCUUCUCUUAGGGAAUAUAUUUUGUCUUGAAAGAAGCUGAGGGAGUGUGGAGGGCGAUGGCGCAGCGGUACGAAGACUUGCCCCACUACGGCAUGGACGGAGUCGGGAUCCCGGGCACCAUGUACGGGGACCCGCACGGUGUCGCGCGGCCCAUGCAGGCGGUGCACCUGAACCACGCGCCGCCGCUCCACGCGCACCAGUACCCGCACACAGCGCACGCUAACGCCAUGGCGCCCGGAAUGGGAGCGUCAGUCAACGACGCGCUCAAGAGAGACAAGGACGGCAUUUACGGACACCCCUUAUUUCCACUACUAGCACUAAUUUUUGAAAAAUGUGAGUUAGCGACGUGUACGCCCCGGGAACCUGGUGUGGCUGGAGGAGACGUGUGUUCCUCUGAGUCUUUCAACGAAGACAUCGCAGUGUUCGCCAAACAGAUCAGAGCAGAAAAGCCAUUAUUUUCAUCAAAUCCAGAGCUGGAUAAUUUGAUGAUACAAGCCAUUCAAGUUUUACGUUUUCAUCUUUUGGAGCUUGAAAAGGUACACGAGCUGUGCGACAACUUCUGUCAUCGGUACAUCAGCUGUCUGAAGGGCAAAAUGCCCAUCGACUUGGUCAUAGACGAAAGGGAAGGAGGCUCCAAGUCGGACAACGAGGAAAUUACGAGAUCAACGGGGCCGCUGGAUCAGACCUCAUGGAACAGAGACCACGAUGACACAGCGUCAACGCGAUCUGGGGGCACGCCAGGACCCUCCAGUGGCGGACACACAUCACACAGCGGUGACAACAGCAGUGAACAAGGUGACGGUCUGGACAACAGUGUUGCCUCCCCCAGCACAGGUGAUGAUGAUGAUCCAGACAAAGAAAAGAAGAGGAAUAAAAAGCGUGGCAUCUUUCCCAAAGUCGCAACCAACAUCAUGCGGGCAUGGCUCUUCCAGCACUUGACACACCCAUACCCAUCAGAAGAACAGAAAAAACAACUGGCACAAGACACUGGUCUCACUAUACUACAAGUGAACAACUGGUUCAUUAAUGCAAGGAGGAGAAUAGUCCAGCCAAUGAUCGAUCAGUCCAACCGAGCAGUAAGUCAAGGAGCGCCUUACAACCCAGAUGGUCAGCCCAUGGGAGGCUUCGUGAUGGAUGGCCAGCAGCACAUGGGAAUCAGACCACCUGGGCCUAUGAGUGGGAUGGGCAUGAAUAUGGGCAUGGAGGGACAGUGGCACUAUAUGUAAUCUUCUAGUUAACCAAUCGCAAAGCAGUGGGGGAAAAUUGCAGGGCAUGCCAGGGGACUAUCUGCCUCACAGUGGCCCGAUGGCCAUGGGCAUGUGCCAGCAAGUUUACGGAGGCCACCGGGCCCCCCAGCAACUGCGGCCUGGGCCUUCCAUGUGUUCCUACAUUCCUGGACACAUGCAACACUCAGUGAUGUUGAUGCAUGGAGGAUCAACCCACCCUGCUAUGCCCAUAUCAACCUCCAGUACCCCCAUGUUUUCCCCAGGAGCCCCUGCUAUGGGUGAACAAGUCUUGGACAUCCACAACCAGUAGUCUGCUUUUUUUUUUUUAAUGGACUCUUAAAAUCAGCAAUGAUCAAGACAGAAAACUGCGAUUGGUUCUGAGAUUUUUCUCAGAAAAUAUAAUGUGCCGGGUCGCUGCAGAAACUGAAGAAUUCCAUUCUUAGGUGCAGACUGGAUGGGUGAAAGAAGCCAGCGAUUGUACAUCAUGGGACACUUAUGAAAUAUGUGCCCUUUUGCAAUGAAUAAGAUGGCGAGAAAGGUUAGAUUUUUUGCUAUAUUAGCUCCUAAGGGAGAGGAGAGGAGAAGAUUCUGUAUACUGUUGUAAAAUUACGUUGGACUCAUUGAGAACUGGGAAUUAAGUAUUGUAAAUGAUAUUGUAUUGUUCUGCAUAUUAUGUUGUUUCUAAUAGAUUUUUUUAAAAAAGGAUGUGAAUGUUUUUCUUUCCACACUAUGUGUGUGCCAUCUCCAUAGACUUUUGAACUCCUCCCAACAUCACCUUGCGUUUUAAAAAGGACAAAAAAGUAUGUGAAUAA